AUGGCUGGUAGCAAUGAAGUCAACCUCAAUGAAUCCAAGAGGGUUGUUCCGCUAAACACAUGGGUCCUCAUUUCCAAUUUCAAGCUUGCAUAUAAUCUUCUUCGCCGCCCGGAUGGGACCUUCAACCGUGAAUUGGCAGAAUUCCUUGAACGAAAAGUCCAAGCUAACGCCAUCCCAGUAGACGGAGUUCUCUCUUUUGACCAUGUUGAUCGCACCACAGGCCUGCUUAACCGGGUUUACCAACCUGCCCCUAAAAAUGAGGCUCAAUGGGGCAUCAUGGAGCUUGAAAAGCCCUUGAGCACUACUGAGGUUGUUCCAGUCAUAAUCUUCUUCCAUGGUGGAAGUUUUACUCAUUCCUCUGCUAACAGUGCUAUCUAUGACACCUUCUGUCGCCGCCUUGUCAGCGCUUGCAAGGCUGUUGUGGUGUCCGUCAAUUAUCGUCGAUCACCUGAGUAUCGAUACCCUUGUGCGUAUGAUGAUGGUUGGACAGCCCUCAAGUGGGUUAAAUCUAGAACUUGGCUUCAAAGUGGAAAGGAUUCAAAGGUUCAUGUCUAUUUGGCCGGCGAUAGUUCAGGUGGUAAUAUAGCUCACCAUGUUGCCGUGAGGGCAGCGGAAGAAGAAAUCGAGGUGUUGGGGAAUAUUCUUCUCCACCCAAUGUUCGGUGGACAACUGAGAACAGAAUCAGAGAAAAUAUUAGAUGGCAAGUACUUCGUUACAAUUCAAGACCGCGACUGGUAUUGGAGAGCAUAUCUACCGGAAGGAGAAGAUAGGGACCAUCCAGCAUGUAAUAUAUUUGGUCCAAGGGGCAAAAGUCUUAAAGAACUGGAGUUCCCUAAAAGUCUAGUUGUUGUGGCUGGUUUCGAUCUUGUUCAAGAUUGGCAAUUGGCUUAUGUUGAAGGACUCCGGGGAUCUGGUCAUGAAGUGAAACUUCUCUAUCUAAAACAGGCCACUAUAGGGUUCUACUUCUUGCCAAAUAAUGAACACUUCUAUUGUCUCAUGGAGGAGAUAAAAAAGUUCGUGAAUUCUAACUGUUAA